UAUAAUUAUAUAUGAUAACAAUAUAACACGUGCAUUCUUAUCAUGAUAUAAUUAUCAUAAAUAAGUGAUUUAGGUUUCUCCAUUUGCUGACGAGAUAUGAAAGUUACUUUUGCAACGCGGCGCUUCAAUGAAUUCUUUUUUCUCACAGCUUACAACAUUUUUCACCUCGGAAUGUACUCCGCAGUUUAUCAUUGAAAUUCUUUCCCCUGUAACUUUUUUCACUAUCUACAUUAUAAAAUACAACUCCUAUAGCCUUAAUAUGGACACUGUAAGUGAUCGAUUAACAAAUUCUGAAUUACUCAUGUGAACACAUCUCACAAUAAUCCUCAUCGCGCUUCAUUUCUUGUUAAACUUUGCAAAAAUGAAUGGUAGAUAAAGUAUUUGUUGGAACUACUUCAAUAUACGUUUGAUGAGCUGAAAGACGAAGGUGAAAUAGCUAUUAUAGAGGAGUACGGGAAUGUCGGCAAACGUUAUACUAUUGCGCUCACAGGCAAGACAACGCAUCGUUUUAAUGUUUAUUCACGUACAUAAUAAAACACCUGUGCCACGAUAAUUCUUUUAAACCGUCCGUUAGUGUUCGGUGUUUGCGGCAUAACUGUUCUUACGAUGCUCUCAUUUUGGCCGACCAUUCUCGACAUUGUGUUGCCUGCGAACGAAUCUCGACCGCAUCCGCAGCUGCAGAUCAUGACAGAAUAUUUCAUCGAUCCGGAAAAGUAUUUCUUUUUCAUUCUGUUGCAUGCGAAUGCGGCAUAUUGCAUAGGCGGGCUCGUAAUGCUGGCGAUAGGCACGAUGAACAUUGCGUACAUUCAACUCAUCUGCGGCAUAUUCAAGAUCAGCAGUUAUCGCAUGGAGCAGAUUAUGAUGAUCUGUACCGUAAACAAUGCUGGGAAUCAAAAUUUAAUUCAUAAAGGGAUCGUUUAUGCUGUGAAAAUGCAUCGUAGAGCUAUGAGAUUUAUCAAAGUUUAUAUAUCUAAGAUGGAAGUGCCCUUCUUCCUUAUAAUAGUGGCAGGAGUAAUUUCCUCGAGCCUCAAUCUUUUUCGACUUUUUCAGGAGAUAUCGGUCGGAUUUGACUUAAGGAAAAUGAUAUUGCCCACUAUAUUUUUAUAUAUCUUUUAUAUAUACGUAAUCCUCGCCAACAAUUGUGCUCAACAAAUUAUGGAUCACAACGAUCACGUAUUUGCUACUGUGUAUAAUAUUGAAUGGUAUGAGGCUCCUUUAACUAUACAAAAAAUGAUAUUGUUCAUGCUGCAAAAGGGCAAUAAACCUUUUCUCGUGAAUCUUGGAGGAGUAUUCACAGCAUCCUUAGAAAGCGCCGCCAAGUUGAUGAGUACUUCAAUGUCUUACUUCACUGUUCUUUAUUCUACACAAUAAGAAUCUACGAUGGAAAAUAAUCCAAGCGCUCUGUCAAAACAAACGGCACAAUAAAUGUUGGACCGGAGUGUUAACCGCUUGUGCGCGGAUUAAAAAUUUCUAUAUAUAAUAAAUUCCUGGUUUUAUAGAAAGUACAAAAUUAAGAAUGAACAAUAUUAUAUUUGAUGAGGAAUAUUUAUCGAGUUAGGUUUUGUUUAAAUAUCAUUGUAAUUAAGUGCUACCAGAAAUUAUGGAAAAUUUUACUAAGCCACACACAAGAGAAAUAUAAUAUAAUA